AUGGCUUCAGCACCCGUCACCAAGAUGACCUUCACCCGUGAGCAGGCUGCUACAGCCUACUUCACACCGGCCCCGCGCCCAAGCCUCCCUUACGCAGGCCCCUUCGCUGGGCCCUUCGGAACCCUCAUCGCGAGCGCGUUCUCAAGCCCACUCGACGGCUCAUACCCAAGACUCCCUCCGCCCUUGGGCUUCAACAAUACUGGCGCUUACCCAGCCAUGCUCCCCCGCAUCUACUGCCAAGGCCUCAGAGGUCUCUCACUGAACCGUCCACAGUACUGUGGUCCAUACUUCUCGGGCCCAGCAUACGCUAGCCCAUCGUCCUACGCUGGUCCAUCCCACCAAGUCCCAGCUCACCACGGCCCAGCAUACACUGGCCCAUCCUACGCUGGUCCAUCCCACCGAGGCCCAGCAUACGCUGGCCCGUCCGGAAGACUACCACUUACCGACUUGCCUAAUGGAAUGCAUUCAGUUCCUUCCAAGGCCGAUGCUGCUUUCGACGCAGAAAUGAAGGAGCUCAAGGCAGCUUACAGAGAAGCUCUUGGGCGUGGCAAGAAAGGCAGCAAGGCCAAAAACCACAACGAAAAUGUCAACAUCGUCAUGAAAAAUCAUCGCCGCGUCAUGGGUGACCUUAGCACCAUUUCCGAGAACUCUGUUGAAAACUCGGGCAUCGUCGACCUUGAACACUCCGGCAUCGCCCUUAACCACUCUGACCCUGUCGUCACGAACAAAAUUGCUGGACUCUCUAUCAUUACUACCGGGCUCUCUGGCCCUGUUGUUGCCAAACUUUCCGGCAUUAACACAGAACAUUCUGACCUCGUUGUCGCUAAAUCCCCCGACUACGGUGAUGGCGGUUCUGAACUCAUUACGGUUCCCUCCUCGCCAACUGAAGCUGGCUAUUCUGACUUCGGGACUGAACAGUCCGACCCCGCCACGGCUUCUGCGUCAGCAACAGACGCUGGAUACUCUGAUAUCGUCUCCGCGCCUUCCUCGCCAGCAGACAGUGACUAUGUUGGCCUUGUCACAGAACAACCUGGCCUCAUUGCUGCCGUGCCUGCCUUACCGGCAAAUAUUAAACACCAUGACCUUGUCAUAGAACCACCCGGCCUCGCCGCCGCCGCGUCUGCCUCAGCAGUAGACAUUAGACACGAACUUCUCAUGGAACCCUCCGGGUUCAUAGAACAAUGCGGCCUCGCCGCCACGUCUGCCUCGCCAGCAGACAUUAGACAUCAUCAAAUUCUCAUAGAACAAUCCAACCUCAUAGAACCAUCUGGCCUCGCCGACACGUCUGCCUCGCCAGCAGACAUUAGACAUCAUCAAAUUCUCAUAGAACAAUCCAACCUCAUAGAACCAUCUGGCCUCGCCGCCACGUCUGCCUCACCAGCAGACAUUAGACACCAUGACCCUCUCAUGGGACAGUCCGGGUUUAUAGAACCCUCCGACCUCAUAGAAUGCGGCCUCGCCGCCACGUCUGCCUCGCCAGCAGACAUUAGACACCAUGACCCUCUCAUGGGACAAUCCGGGUCCAUAGAACCCUCCGGCCUUAUAGAAUGCGGCCUCGCCGCCACGUCUGCCUCACCCGCAGACAUUAGACACCAUGACCCUCUCAUGGGACAAUCCGGGUCUAUAGUACCCUCCGGCCUUGGAAAACAAUGCGGCCUCGCCGCCACGUCUGUCUCAUCAACAGACAUUAGACACCAUGAACUUGUCAUGGAACAAUCCGGGUUCAUAGAACAAUCCGGCCUCAUACAACAAUCUGGACACAUAGAUCAAUCCAGCCUUGUUGCUACAUCUGCCUCACCAGCAGACACUAGACACCAUGAGCUUUUCGUGGAACAAUCCGGGUUCAUAGAACAACCCGGCCUCAUAGAACAACCCGGCCUCGCCGCUAUGUCUGCCUCGCCAGCCGCCACGUCUGUCUCAUCAACAGACAUUAGACACCAUGAACUUUUCAUGGAACAAUCCGGGUCCAUAGAACAAUCCGGCCUCAUACAACAAUCUGGGCACAUAGAUCAAUCCAGCCUUGUUGCCGAGUCUGCCUCUCCAGCAGACAUUAUACACCAUGAGCCUCUCAUGGAACAAUAUGACCUCGUUGCAGCGUCUGUCUCACCAGCAGAUAUUGGAUGCUCCAACCUUAUUCAAGCCAAGUCCAGCCCAACCGACAAGCAGUCGCUGGAACAACCUCAACGCAAAACAUCUAUCAAACACCUAGCAAGUUUACUGCCACCAAAGCAAGUCGUCAAAUCGACAAAACCAGUCACGCGUCCCACCCACAUUGAGCUUCCUGGAGAGGCGGUAGCUCGAAAGCUGAAGCAGCUUAAGGAGCAACGGGAUACUCGUCUACCUCAGCGCCGGUCUAGCGCAGAAGUUACUCAAACUGCUCGUGCCGUUGUGCCCAAAGUUAAGUCGACAAAACCCCUCACGAAGCCCAUCGUCUUUGAACUUCCGGGCGACGCACGCUCCCAGAAGAACAAAGAGGCUAUCGAAUCACGUCUUAGAGCUCGGCUAGAGGAGGAACGGCAACGUCAGAAACGGGAAUUCAAGGCAAAACCAUUUCGGAAGAAUGCAGUGCCUUCCAUCGUUCCUCGCCACACUGUUGCGAGUCUGGCACGACAAAACAAGGCCGGCAAUGAGAACGUUCAAGCAGGCAGCUUAACAAUUGCCAAGAGAGGAUCCAAUGCUGACGCACGUUGUCCAUCUGGCUCACACCCCAACAUGGCGAAUAUAUCGGCCCCACAUGCACAAGGCGCUCCUGCAGCGGUCGAACGCAGAAGCUCUACUGAACGCAUAUGCUCUGCUGAACGCAGAUGCUCGACUGAACGCAAAUGCUCGACUGAACGCAAAUGCUCGACUGAACGCAAAUGCUCGACUGAACGCAAAUGCUCGACUGAACGCAAAUGCUCGACUGAACGCAAAUGCUCAUCUACAUCCAGCAGUCAUUCUCUGUGUGGCCUCGACAUGAAACGCCUGUUCUCAGCAUCCAAUGUGCAGAUUGAAUGCCCACGUGCAAAGGCGAUCUUCUCCCGAGGUCUCAAAUCACCUAAUGACAUCGAGAAGGAGAGAAAGGCGCGUGAGGUUGUUGCCAAACGUGCAAGAGAAGAAGCCGCUGAGAGGGACCGACGGGCGGGCAGGGCAUGGGCUGAAAAGAGGGCGAGGAAGAUGGCGUAA